UUGUUAUUUCCAGUUGUCAUCUUAAUGACAUUUGUUCUUAACUUAUUUGCAGGUUUCUAGUCUGAUGUCAAUAUGGAAGCAUCUUUAACUUUGUCUGUUAUGGUUCUGCAGCAUUUCCCUUACCUGACACAUAUGAAAUUCAAAUGGCUGACCAGCCCCAGUAAAAAUAAUGAUAGGUUUUUAUUCUUUUAAAUUUCGUCAUUCAGAUAAAUUAUCCCAAGAAAUUGCUGCAGUUACUCUGAGCAAUAAAGUUCCCGAGCAUUCGACUAACCUUUGCUGCUCUCUCCGUAGUGAAUUGUUCUCUGGCAGUAACACUGGGAUUAACUUUGAGAAAUACGAUGACAUUCCUGUUGAGGCCACGGGACAGAACUGCCCUCAACACAUCGAGAGUUUCCAAGACGUGGACAUGGGUGAGAUUAUCAUGGGUAACAUUGCUCUGAGUCGCUACACCAGACCCACUCCUGUCCAGAAAUACGCCAUUCCUAUUAUUAAAUCGAAGAGAGACCUCAUGGCCUGCGCACAGACAGGUUCUGGGAAAACGGCAGCAUUCCUCUUGCCAGUCCUCAGCCAGAUCUACACUGAUGGACCAGGAGAGGCCCUUAACGCAGCUAAAGCAUCAGGACAGGAGAAUGGAAAGUAUGGCCGUCGCAAGCAGUACCCCAUCUCCCUGGUGCUGGCUCCCACCAGAGAACUGGCACUGCAGAUAUAUGAUGAAGCAAGGAAGUUUUCCUACCGCUCCAGAGUGCGUCCCUGUGUUGUGUAUGGAGGAGCAGACAUUGGCCAGCAGAUCAGAGACCUGGAGAGAGGCUGUCACCUGCUGGUGGCCACUCCAGGAAGACUCGUGGACAUGAUGGAGAGAGGCAAGAUCGGACUGGACUACUGCAACUACCUGGUCCUAGAUGAGGCUGACCGUAUGCUGGACAUGGGCUUCGAACCACAGAUACGGCGCAUCGUCGAACAGGACACCAUGCCUCCUAAAGGCAUCCGACAAACUAUGAUGUUCAGCGCUACGUUUCCCAAAGAAAUCCAGAUCCUAGCUCGGGAUUUCCUGGAGGAUUACAUCUUCCUGGCGGUGGGCAGAGUGGGUUCCACCUCGGAGAACAUCACUCAGAAAGUGGUGUGGGUGGAAGAGAGCGAUAAGAGGUCUUUCCUCUUGGACCUGCUAAGCGCUACAGCCAUCCCAAGUGAGGUACAGGACAGUACUGGAGACAACAUAGAGAAACCUGGUAAGGACUCAUUGACCCUGGUUUUUGUGGAGACCAAGAAAGGUGCAGACGCCUUGGAGGACUUCCUAUAUCGGGAAGGCUACGCCUGCACCAGUAUCCAUGGUGACCGUUCCCAGAGAGAUCGAGAGGAGGCCCUGAACCAGUUCAGAUCAGGAAAAUGUCCCAUCCUGGUGGCUACAGCGGUAGCAGCUCGGGGUUUGGACAUCUCCAACGUGAAACAUGUUAUUAACUUUGACCUGCCAAGCGACAUAGAGGAGUACGUCCACCGUAUUGGACGUACGGGACGAGUAGGAAACCUUGGGCUGGCAACAUCAUUCUUCAAUGACAAAAACGGGAACAUCACUAAAGACCUCCUGGACAUCCUAGUAGAGGCCAAACAGGAAGUUCCCUCAUGGCUCGAGAGCCUGGCCUAUGAACACCAGCACAAGAGUAGUAAUAGAGGGCGCUCUAAGAGGUUCUCUGGCGGGUUUGGAGCACGAGAUUAUCGUCAGACUGCUGCAGGAGUCAACGCCGGAGGGUUUGGAGGACGUGGAGGAGGACGCAGCCAGGCAGGACAUGGAGGAAACCGUGCCUUUGGAGGAGGCGGCUUCAGCAACUUCUACACCAGCGACGGCUACGGAGGAAACUACUCACACUCUCAAGUUGACUGGUGGGGCAACUAGGUUUCUCCAUCCCUCCCUCCCUCGCUCAUCCCUCUUUCCUCUUCUCACUCAUCCUCCAUUCUUUCUCCACAUCGACGUCUGCAUCCCAUCUGUCUUGUUACCACCAUUAACCCCAAGAAACCCCCAUGCAUGUUAUUAAACUAUUUAUGCUCAUUUAUGUAGCUUCCAUCCCCAUCCUUCAUGUCUUUUAAGUCGUUGGAAGAGUUUUCUUGUGCUUUCUAUGUCCACCUUUUGUUUUGUUUUGGUAAAUUAGCUUUUCUCCUCUUGAAAAAGACCACAUUAUGAAGAGUGUUGAAUUUUAGUUGUUUACUUUUUAAACACUGGACACAGGCUUACUUGUUAGCUUCCAGCUAGCAGCCACCUUAAGACCAUUUUCCCUCUGUGACACGUGUGUGCUGGUAAAAAGACCUGGGUGUUUAAUUCCCUGAGAUUUCAGAGUGUGGGCUUCUUCAAAGAGGGGAAAAUCCUUUCUUUAUUUCCCCCCCACCUUAUAUUUGAGUUUGAUUUCACUGUGUUUUCGUCUGCAUUUACACUCCCCGCGUGACCUCAUGUCAUCUUUGUAUUUAACGCACGGCCAUGUUGUAAAUCGCUGGCCAAAAACUUUUCUAAAAUAUAGCUAUAGGCAGGACAUAAAAGCAAAACAUGUCUGCGUAUAAAUUCAAAAAUACUGGCCUUCACGUAUCGGAGGCCACAGAAACAAAAUCUUUUCUUUUUUUCACCUUUUUUAAAACAUGAAACUUUAUCGAGGUCUGACACAGAUGUCUAACAAAGAGACGAGUGGCUGGACAAACUGAAAUGGCGCUGUUGGCCAUUAGCAGUGAGGCUAGCAGACAGUCUUAGGACUUAUGGUUGUUACUGCAAAUAGCAUUUUUUUUUUUGGUUUGUUUGUUUAAUUUUAAGAUAAGUGUUUAUGGAGAAUCAUUUGUUUCUGUACUGUGCCUUUAAGAAUUUAAACUUUGUCUCUUAUUUCCAUUGUUUUUAUUGCCGUAAUACGUUAACUGUCCACAAGUAUUGGCCCACGGUGACUAAAAGUGUGUAUUCAGUGUCAUUUGUUGGUUUAAAUGUUUUCUUUAUUUUUAUUUGGAAGGAAGCAAACUAGGCUUGAACUAAAUCAAACCUUGGCAAAAAAAAAACUAAACUAAAACUACGAUGAGGAAACUCAAAGCAUUUCCUUAUCUGUCUAUUAGAGACUGAGCUAAUUCCCCAAAGCAUAUAACCACUGUAAGCAUAUUUGUGGAUUACUUUGCUCACUCUGGAUGAGUAAAUAUAAAAUGGGUCAAAAAUUGCAUUAAUCGUACUGUUAAAGUCAAAGAGCCAACGAGCAGGGCCGACCACAGUGGCUGUAUGCUUUUGGGAACCCGAGUCCUACUCAUUGACACUUGUGUCACAUCUAUAGCUCAGCUUUGAGCUUGCAGUUUGGUUUCUCAAAGCCAUCUUGUCACUAAUUGUUGGGUCACUGUGUGCCACUAACAGGGCCAGCAGCAGUCACGUUGUUGUUCCUCCCCCUCUUAUUAUCCAGAUAUGUAGCCGUAAAUGUCAAAUUCCUCAUAGCUUGCUGUAAUUUAAAAAAAAAAAAAAAAAAAAAGCCAAAGUCUGGUGCCACUCGAGUCAUAUUAAAUUACUGUAACCGCUACACAGCUUGAAACACCUUUGCUUAGAAAACACUACAUGGCUGCUGCUGAAAACAGUUCCCAGAUUGUGUCGGUGUCUGCGGCCCUUCAGCUGACUCUUAGUGCCAUCAUGCUCUUGGGAAUCUACCGCUGCUUUUAACCACAAACAUUGAAACCCUUGUUUUGGGAGAAGCUUUCUCUUGAGGGGGGAAAUACGCAAACUAAAAAGAGGUCCAAAUUUUCUCGCUCACUCUAUCCUGGAGAGUUGCAUGAAGAGUCUUCUCUAAAAGUAGUCAUUCCAGUUUAUUCUGUUAGGUCUUUUAAGCUCUGUUGAAGUCGGGCGUUAAAAGUGAAGAACUGGAUCAUCCUUACGAAUUAAUUCCACUGCAGAGACAGCUUGGGGCUUCCCAAGGAAUGCAAUGCAUCGUAUCUACAGCACGUUUUAGCCACGUGUGCAACUUUAAUCAAGCACAAGAUCGCUCAAAAUCGCGUCUCGGUCCAAUUCCUCCUCAUACUACUGCUUUCAGUCAGCAGAUAGUGUUUCUCAGUGUUGAAGUCACUUCCUCGAUGAAAUGUUUACAAAACUAGAUUUCGGCCAACGCGCACAACAGCCGUACACUGGCAGCAUAUGAUUGCUUUCAAAACACUCAACACCCAGCCCACAGAGCUCCCAGAUGGGCCACACUCCUACUUCUUCGCACUGAUGCACGUCCACUCUCCAGAGUAGUUUGCUAUCUGGACUGGCAGUCUUGGCAGCUAUUACAACGUAUUCACCUUCUGCAUGCACGGCAGGUCCCAGCACGUGCUGCACAUUAAUAAACGAUGACAGCGUCCCGCCGCGAUUGUCGAACGCGAAACCCAACUCGGCUCAGCACAGUGAGAAACUGUCAGGGUAAAUUGUGCUUGUGGAAAAGUUGCUGCACAGAACCGAUCGCGUGCAUUCAAAUCCUUGGUUAUCCCUACUUGGCUCUGCUUUGCAACCAGGCUUCAAGGGGCCUGUUGACCCAGGAUGUCCAUGUUUCGUCCCUGAUUGAACUUGAAAAGGGAUCUCCGCUGAACAUUUGGAUGGUUCAGUGGUAGAAAUCCAAUCCUCCUCCUACUCCCACCCCCCCAAACUGGGCCUAUUAAGAGCCAAAAAAAAAGCUCUGUUACUCCAGUGUGGGGGUGGAUUAAUUUAGUUAUGUUUACAUGUAGAACUCAGAUUAAAUGUAAAUAGUUUCAACAGAGAGGAAUCUCCACAGAAAAAGAAUGUGAAGUUAAAUAACACUUGGUGUGCAUGAGAGUCACACUUGAUCACUCAACACUAGACCAAGACGGGUCUGGUGAGCUUAGCACAGUGGGCAGUUUGAACACCGCUGACUAAAGUUCGAAGACAAAAGCUUGUAUUCUUUCAAGAGAAUACACACGUCUGUAUAGAAAUAAAUUCACCCAAAUUAACGCGCACCAGGUGGAUUAACCCUCAAACUGCCCACUGACUCUGACAAAGCAGGACCAAGACUGUAAAACAUAUUCAAGUGUUGUUGUUUUUUGGUCAAGAAGUUUCAAAUGCCAAGCAGAUGAAUCCAAUUCUAUAGCAGGCUUUAAUUAUGUUGCAGUUAUUUAUUUUAUAUCAUAGUUUGUUUGUUUUUUUCCUGCUUUUGAUUUUUUGCCUCUUCUAAUCAGUCUUAAGCUCCCUUUCCCUCGGGUUACAUUUGAGGGGGACGUUGGGGAAACUUUGUUUAACAGCAUUUUUUUUCCUUAAGAGUUUGAAGGGGUUAAAGCAGUUGGCUGUUCAUUUACUAAAUAUACAAAGUAGAUUUUUCCAGAAGCUUUUCUGGUGCUAAAAGACACCAGUCAAAUAUAACUGUACGAUAUCUCACUAAGCCUGGUCUGACUCAAAAUGAGGGGCCAGGAACAAUGCUGCAUUCAAGGACGGCUGUGGAGUGAUAGAAUUCAGCUGUACUCCUCGAUGUCCACCUGUCCCUUUUAUGCAUUUACAAACGAACCAAAAACAGGAAAUUUGAGUUUUCUUUUCAGCUGCUGUUACAGCGCGGGUCAGAUAAACAGUUACUGUCGCACGAAGAGCUGUGACUAAGUUUGAGACUGCAGUCUAACACGGGCUUAAUGAAUAUGAGCGGCGGUUGAAUCGGCGAUUCAAAUGUUGACCAGAACUGUCAGAGGUGUCCCAAUAGAUGAUUUUUUUUUUCUUUCUUUUUUUUUAAAGCACCUGUUUACUGAUCAACUUUCUUCUUGAGGUCAUGAAACGUUUUAUUUUCUCCUGCAGACUUCUUGUAAGAGCUGUUGCAAAGCAUUGAAGGAAUGAAAAAGCAGGAAACAGGACAGCAAGUUGCUAAUGACAAUCACAGAACUCCCUUCACACAAACAGAAGUCUUUAAGUUGCACUUUCACACCUAGAGGUUUUAUUAAAUAGCUGUCUUGCUGGCAUUGUUAUAAAAUCAGCUUCAACCUUUAAAACUCUGUAGGAGGAACUUUACUGACUGAACUGGCAGUCGGAUACUGCUGACUGAUUUUCCCUGUGUGAAAGCAUUUCUUACUUGAAUCAGUGGCUUCUGCUGACCAUAAGCUUAAUGUAGUCCCAUUUGUUUUGUUACCAACGCUGCAGGCAUGCGGCGUCGCAGGCGAAUCCAUUGAGUGGAUAUGGUUGCGUAGAUGUUGCUGUGCCUUCUGACAAGCGCUUGGCGGCACAUUGAGAAUCUGUUAAAAAAAAAAUGAAGGAACCGGUGAACUUUUUUAAAUGCAGUGUGACUUGUUAGAGUAAAAAUUCAGUUUACCUCUUGCUUUGUAGAUCAAUCGUGUCAAAUAGUGUUGUUCAUAAAUAUGCAAUGUAUUUCAGUGUUUUUCUAGGGCAGGCUGGUUUUACCUGUCAGUCGUAUUUACCAUUGAGCUGUGUUAGAGCAACACUUAAAUACCACUGUGCCCCCAAAUUCCUGCGUGGAGGGGGGAAAAAAACCCCUCUGAACUUUUACCCCAAGUGCAAUAGAGUUCAGUAACUUGUGGCUUGCUUUCGCUGUGUGGUCGCCACGAUUCUCUGCAUGAGUUUUCUGCUCGAGUACAAACUGGCACAUGUGAAAUAGCCCAGAGUUUUACAUGUGAACGGUGCCUUUUGGAGUGGCUGAAUCACUAAAGACUGAAAUUUGUUGGUUAGGGCUGGGUAUUUCAGACUGUUGCAAAUUUUUUUAUUUUAUUUAAGUGUAGGAAUGUUUGCUCGGUCAGAUGCUGUAAUGAUGCGCGGAUAAAAAAUUAAAACUUUAUGUAAAUGCUUAAGAGCUUUUGACUCGGAACAAUUCAGGCACAUUUUUUACUGGCAACUUGGACAUGUUGCAGUUUUGUGCCGCUAAUGUUACGUUUUUGAGAAAAUAUGAGCAGCAGGGCAUUAUGGAUAGGAAUGUAGAUCAGGCACUUUAUCUACCGCGUUGGUCCUCACAAUUACGAAUUCUGAAAGACUUCAUUUUUUUGGCAAAAUACCGCAAAACUCUUCGUCUGCUAAUUAGCAAAUGCUACCUUGGUAACAUGCUAACUGAUCAUCAGCGUCUUGCUAGUGUCACUGCAUGUACCUGUAACUAUCACACACACUUUCAGCAGUAAACAAAGUUUAAGAAAAAACACAAAAGUUUGUGUCAUGCAGAAAAUGCUUUGUUUACUUCCUGCAAAACUGAUCCAGCACUUUAGUUCUUUUUGUUUUUUUUAUUUCCCAAAACCUUCUGAUGCCUUAAAUGAAGGGUGAUACCCAGCCCUAAUGGAGCUGAUAGCAAACUUACCUGUGAUACAGACAGCGCUGAUGGUCAGAGAACAAUUAAUGGUGCUAUGCUUCCAUUGCUGCGGCCUGCAGGGCCCCCUCCGUUAUAGAAAGACCACUGAGUUUUACACAAAAGACUUCAACAAAAGUCUUCUGUAGCACACGUCCUUUAAUCCUAAAGAGGUACGACUGAGAGUGAGUGUGAAGACAGUGUAGAGAUGUUAAAUAAGAAGUGUGUGUGUGUGUGUGUGCGAGCAAAGGUUCUUUGAGAAUUUUUGUUUUUAAUUUUUUUUUAAUUUUUAAUUAUUUUUUUGGGGACCAGGUGGAGUUCUAGUUAACAGCAAAGGUAGGAUUCAGCUGUUUGCACACAGAGUUCUUGAGUCUACUUUCACUGCAAGUUUGUGUAAUUUAUCAAGCAUUUUUGAGAAAUAUUUAUUUUUCUAUGCCUAAUACAAAAGCUGAUAUUUUACAAAGUGACUUGACCAAAAGACAGUAAACAAAAACACUGGCACUUGAAUGUUGAAUGUCAUUGGUAUGAGUGAAAAAUUUCUAUUUUUCUGGGGUAGUGUGAGCUUUUUAAUGUUAAAGAUGCGACGUGGGGGAGCGUUUCUCCGUCAGCGUCUCACCAUAGCAAGGCUGGGUUUCAACAGUGGUUGUAAUUUUCAAAAAUCACCUGCAUUUCAUAAAUACAGAUGCUUAUAUUUUGUGUAAGACCAUUAAAAAAAAAACAACAAACAAAAAAAAACAACAACAAAUCCCUAAAACCUAGCUCCUAUGCUGUGUGCACAUCUUUUCUUUUUUAACUGGGCAGUUUUUGCAGCCACAGUUCUUCCUUACAUUUUUUUUUAUUUAACUUGUAAGAAUGAAACUGAAUUUUAUCAGGCAAAUCUGGCCCAUGUAUCUGAUCCUCAAGUCCCACUUUGAAGUCUUAAUAUUGGCAUCUUCACUUUUACCAUCUUGAUUUAAAAAGAAACAAACAAAAAAACAGAUAUGACUGAGACUGCUUGCUCAUUGGCUAAAAAUUUGUGAAUGAUUACCAUUGGGUGUACCAUAGAUAAUCCAUUUUGAAGCAUAUUAUGACCAAGAUUUACAAAAUAGACUUAAAAAACAUUAAAAACUGAAUGAGUGACUGAGCCCAUAACUCAGCAGGAAAGCGUUCUUUUAGCAAGCACAGCUAUCGCCAUCUGGUGGUCUUCAGAUAGAAUGCAGGUUUUAGGCACUUCUGUCUUAGACGUAGCUAUUGAGUCAGAAAAAUGAAUCUGUUUUAUACCUUCUAUGAUCAGCUUGUUUAAAAACCUCUGAAAGCCGGGGGUUCUCUGGGGGUGAAGGUACUCGCAGUGCUUCCUGGUUAUCGGCCAUGCUAGCAACAUGGCUGUGACGUGCUAGCAUCAGCAGCCCACGACUUAGUCUAAACCUAAAUAACUCAAAAACUCAAAAAAUAACCUUCAUUAUCAUUUGUUGUUUUCAUCCUGUAUUACUUUUGCCCGUUGGUUUAUACAUUUUUAGCACGCUAGCACUUACCCUACCUUUUAGCGCUAGCCAUCAUUCUAUGUGGCCUAAAAUCCGCUGAAUCUACGCAAUGUCUAUGAUUUUAUUUUUGGCAGUAUUCAUGCUGUCAUUCCUGAAAAUUCCGAUUUCAACUAAAUAGUCCAGUCAGUUCUGGCAAUUACAGUUUAAAGAUGCCACAGUAUCUUGUGUAUCCCUGCGUAAAGCUCAACACCAGUGUUUUCCAGCACUACAGUACUCUUCUCCCAGCUGAAACCUCCAACUUCAGCUCUUCUGUUAAUGUGUAAAGAUGUGCAUGUGGUGUAACAUGAAUGUUCGAGGUGUACCACAGAUUGUUGAUUACAGCCGAUGUGAUGGCGACACGUUACGAGAAACAGCCUCCACUGGUUACCUUUAAAGUCACAUUGGACUCAGUAUCACAUCCGUAAACCUGUUUAUGCGACAGGCUUCAUUGCCAAUAAUAAUCAACCAUAAACAGCCAUUUUUAAUCGGCAAACAAAUUGAGAAAAUACCACCGUAAAUGCCAAGGUUUGGAUUAAAAAAUAACAAGUUAACGAUCAAAGACCAUUUUGUAAAAAACGACAAAAACAUGCAGUACAAAAAAAAGUGUCCAGAUUUUCUCCAAGUCGUUUUAUUUUUCCUUUUCUUUGUUGAAUCUUUACACUUUUCCUUCUCGUUAAUACCCUUGUUGUGAAUGUCUGGCAAAAACAAGUGGCGAUCUUUAAAGUCUUCAUAACACAGACUUAACUGUGGUUCUAUUGCUCCGUUGUUGUGGUUUGCAUCUUUUCAGGCGUUGUUAGAGCUGUCACAGGGGUUUUUCUGGCCAAUCAGAAAUGGGGAUUUUUUAUUUAAUUUUUCCCCUUCUUGCAGCUGAUCAGUAUUUAUCUGACCUGCAGGAGAGAUGGAGUAAUAUAACGGACAUUUGUACUGGUGGUCCUCUAAGCACAGACCCACUGUAGUUACACAGGGACUGAUUUGUCCAAAGACUGUAGCCUCAGCAAUCACUGACGCAUAUCAGACGUAGGUGAACCAUUACUUUACAGCCUUUUGUAUGCACAAACUACAUUUUGCAACAAAGUAAUUGUAUUUUUUGUCAGGGUGUCGUGAAAGACACACAAAAACAAAACACUUUGUGGCUUUAUUUCACGUUCAGUUUGUUAAAGUGAUCUGAAAUUCAGAUGCUGAGGUGCAUUUAGGAACGAUUGCUGUUCUCUUAGCGAGCGAACUGAAAUGAAGCCCAGUGCUGUCGUCAUUACUGAAUGGCCAGACCCCAUAGUGUGGACGGGCAGCUGCACCAGCCUGGUAGUUAGUAUUUGCUUAUGUAUUAGUUUAGCAGAUGUGCACGAAGAGCACUGCACGAAGAAAACAAAACUGUGCAAAUAUUCUGAUUUUACCACAAAUAAAGGUUUGGAUUUGCAGAUGUAA